UAAAUUAGAUACUUCCGGUUUAUGCGGCUUCCACGUCAAUUUUGAUCGAGUUGGCAAACUAUUUUUCAUUUCUGUUUGACAUUAAUAACAAACAUAUUGGAUGCUUUUAGUCAGUCAAAGACUACGUUAUGUUAACUAAAUUUGAAACAAAGUCGGCGCGUGUGAAAGGUCUAUCCUUUCAUCCAAAAAGACCAUGGGUGUUGACAAGUUUAUUCAAUGGUGUAAUACAGCUAUGGGAUUAUCGUAUGUGCACACUCAUUGACAAGUUUGAUGAACAUGAUGGUCCUGUCAGAGGUAUAUGUUUCCAUUUCCAGCAGCCUCUAUUUGUGUCCGGAGGUGAUGACUACAAAAUUAAGGUUUGGAAUUACAAGCAGAGGAGAUGUUUAUUUACACUACUUGGACACCAGGACUAUAUCAGAACAACCACAUUUCACCAUGAGUACCCAUGGAUCCUAAGUUCAUCUGAUGAUCAGACAAUACGUAUUUGGAACUGGCAGUCUAGAAACUGCAUCUGUGUGCUGGCUGGUCACAGUCACUUUGUGAUGUGUGCACAAUUCCAUCCAUCAGAGGACCUGAUAGUGUCAGCAUCACUUGAUCAGACUGUAAGAGUAUGGGACAUCUCGGGGCUUAGGAAGAAAAACGUGUCACCAGAACAGUCACAGAGAGCAACUUCUCUAGAGGACAGACUACGUAGUUCAGGACAGCCUGAUCUGUUUGGAAUGUCUGAUGCGGUGGUUAAGCAUGUAUUAGAAGGUCAUGACAGGGGAGUUAACUGGUGUGCGUUCCAUCCUAACCUGCCCCUGAUUGUGUCGGGAGCUGAUGAUCGCCAAGUUAAAUUGUGGAGAAUGAAUGAUUCCAAAGCUUGGGAGGUAGAUACAUGCAGGGGACAUUAUAAUAAUGUGUCAUGUUGCCUGUUCCACCCAAGACAAGAACUGAUCCUUAGUAACUCCGAAGAUAAGAGCAUACGUGUAUGGGAUAUGAGCAAAAGAACUGGCGUUCAGACGUUCCGCAGGGAGAAUGAUAGGUUUUGGAUAAUGACAGCCCACCCUUCACUGAACCUGUUUGCCGCAGGUCACGACAGCGGAAUGAUCAUCUUUAAACUGGAGAGAGAGCGACCGGCAUACGCUGUCUCCGGUCAUGUACUGUACUAUGUGAAGGAGAAGAACCUCAGAAAACUGGACUUUACAACAAACAAAGAUGUCCCUGUCAUGCAACUUAGAGGUGGAUCUAGGUCACCUGUAUUCAGCAUGUCAUACAACCCUGCAGAGAAUGCUGUGCUCCUUGUUACACGUACAAGUAAUGUAGAAAACAGCACAUACGAUCUGUAUGCUAUACCAAAAGAAUCAGACUCCAAGAAUCCAGAUGCUCCUGAAGGGAAGAGAUCAUCAGGUCUGACUGCUGUGUGGGUUGCUAGGAACCGAUUUGCUGUGUUAGACAGAAGUCACUCUAUUGUAAUCAAGAACUUGAAGAAUGAAAUUACCAAGAAAGUUCAAGCCCCCAACUGUGAGGAUAUAUUCUACGCUGGUACAGGCUGCCUUCUACUCAAGGACAAUGAUAAUGUCACAUUGUUUGAUGUCCAGCAAAAAAGGAGUUUAGCAAGUGUGAAGAUCUCCAAGGUGAAAUCUGUCAUCUGGUCUCACGACAUGUCUCAUGUAGCUCUCAUCAGUAAACAUGUAAUCGCUAUCUGCAACAGAAAGUUGGAGAAUCUGUGUACAAUAAAUGAGAAUAUUCGAGUGAAGAGCGGUGCGUGGGAGGAGAGCGGUGUAUUUGUAUACACCACUAGUAACCACAUCAAAUAUGCUCUCACUAAUGGUGACCAUGGUAUUAUACGAACACUAGACCUGCCUAUCUACAUUACACGAGUGAAAGGUAACAGUGUUCAUUGUCUAGACAGAGAAGGAAGAUCUAGGGUGCUCGGUAUUGACCCCACAGAGUUCAAGUUUAAAUUGGCCCUUGUCAACAGAAAGUAUGAGGAGGUGUUACAUAUGGUGAGACACGCCAAGUUGGUGGGUCAGUCUAUCAUCUCCUACCUACAGAAGAAAGGAUACCCAGAGGUGGCUCUACAUUUCGUCAAGGACGAGAAAACAAGAUUUGGACUUGCCCUAGAAUGCGGAAAUCUCGAGAUUGCGCUUGAAGCAGCUCGGGCUCUGGAUGACCAGGCAUGCUGGGAGAAACUGGGCGAGGCAGCCCUCCUGCAGGGUAACCAUCAGAUUGUAGAGAUGUCCUACCAGAGAACAAAGAACUUUGAUAAACUCUCAUUCCUGUAUCUCAUCACAGGAAACCUGGAAAAACUCAAGAAAAUGACAAAAAUAGCUGAGAUUCGCAAGGAUACAAGUGGUCAUUUCCAGAAUGCUCUAUUCCUUGGUGAUGUGGAGGAGAGAGUUAAAAUCCUGAAAAACUGCGGACAAAAAUCAUUGGCGUACCUGACCGCAGCUACCAAUGGCCUAGAGGAGGAGGCAGAGUCAUUGAAGGAUUCAUUCGGGGAGAAUGAGAGGGUGCCAGACCUGUACCCCAGUGCUUCCCUGCUCCAGCCUCCAGUACCUAUCACCCAGCAGGAAUCUAACUGGCCACUGUUGACAGUAUCUAAGGGAUUCUUUGAGGGAGCUAUGGCUGCUAAGGGAGGUCAUAGCAAGAUGGCCGCCGCUGAGGAUGUUGAUAUAGAGGAAGCUGGUGCGGGCUGGGGCGAUGAUGACCUUGGUUUGGAUGAUGAGGAUGAAUUUGGUGGAGGAGAGGGCGAGAUUGGUGAGAAAGAUGAGGAGGGCGGAGGCUGGGAUGUUGAUGAUGACCUUGAACUUCCACCUGACCUUGAUGUGCCCUCAACACCAACUGGGGGCGGGGAAGGUUUCUUUGUGCCGCCUACAAAGGGAACAAGUCAGGCCCAGGUGUGGUGUAACAACUCCCAGCUACCUGUUGACCAUGUGCUGGCAGGAUCAUAUGAGACAGCCAUGAGGCUGUUACAUGACCAAGUGGGUGUGGUAGACUUCGAGGAGUACAAGCAGCUGUUUCUACAGACUUACAGUAGAAGUAGGACAUGUUACCAAGGACUACCAUCUUUACAACCUCUCUUUGGAUACCCACAUAGAAACUGGAAGGAAGCUGGAGGUAGAAAUGGCGUACCAGCUGUAGGGCUCAAACUAAACAACUUAGUACAGCAGCUACAGGUUGCCUAUAACCUUACCACAGCUGGAAAAUUUGGUGAUGCAACAGAAAAAUUUAGGUCUAUUCUUCUCAGUGUACCAUUGCUUGUGGUGGAUACUAAACAAGAAAUUGCUGAGGCUCAGCAGUUGAUAGAGAUAUGUAGAGAGUAUAUUGUAGGUCUAACUAUGGAGCAGACCAGGAAAGAAUUACCUAAAGCUACAUUAGACGAUCAGAAAAGAUUAUGUGAGAUGGCGGCAUAUUUCACCCAUUGCAAGCUACAACCUGUUCACCUUAUACUGACUUUGAGAACGGCACAGAAUUUGUUCUUUAAAUUGAAAAAUCUUAAAACAGCAGCUUCAUUUGCUAGAAGAUUACUGGAGCUAGGGCCAAAACCAGAUAUUGCCACUACAGCAAGAAAGAUUUUAGCUGCAUGUGAGAAGAAUCCAGUAGAUGAACAUGAUUUAAAAUAUGAUGAACAUAAUCCAUUUGAUAUAUGUGCAGCCUCAUACACUCCUAUAUACAAAGGUAAACCAGUUGUUAAAUGUCCACUUAGUGGAGCCUGUUACCUACCAGAAUACAAGGGAGAAGUUUGUAGAGUUACUAAGGUGACGGAGAUUGGCAAAGAUUCUAUUGGAUUAAGAAUCAGUCAAAUACAAUUUAGAUAAAUUAUAUAGACACCAAAUGAACACGCAACAACAUUUAUUAAAUGACAUGUGUAGAGAACUAUG